AUGAAAUUAUCAGUGUUUUUUCUCGCCAGUUUGAGCCUGGCACAAGAGGGUGAUCCUGCCGUGACUUUUGAUGAUGAUAUUCCAGAGAAAGAGCGAGGAGGCUAUCUCGAUAAUUUUCUCCCUUAUGAUGCGCUCGGCAUCGAAGAAAGAGCGAAAUCUCCCUUUGGAAAAGUUCUAAAAGUAACUGGACAAAUGCGGGAUUGGCUCCGAGACGUGGCUCCAGAUUACAAAAAGAAAGCCAAGCUGGACCGAGCAAUUAAACGAGUAGACCUUCGUUACCAAGAUGCUUUGGACAACAACGGCUGUCGAAAAGAAGCUUCCCGAGCUGAGGUCAAUGAGAUCGAUGCUGACAUCCGGAAGUUGCCCGAAAGCGACGCGGAUAAAAUCGACAAGUUUUAUCGAGUUCUCGUGCGAUUGCACAACAGCUAUUUGUUGGACUGCAAGAAGUCGAGAAGACUCAAGGAAGUGUCCACUCGGCUUCAUCAUCAAUUCACCAACCACUUUGCCCGAAUCGUCGAAAACAACCCAGACGUACUCAACAGGAUUCUCGGCGAAACUCCCAAAAAGGAAAAGUUCUCUAUUCCAAAAACAACAAUGACACCUGUUAUGACGACAACCACCACCACCACCACAACCACAACGACGACAACAACAACUACUGAAGCGCCAACAACAACAGAAGAGUUGACAACGACUACGAUUCUCAACACAACCGCUUGGACUUCCACUUCCACAACAACUGUUCCUGAGACAACAACGAAGAAGAAGCUGUCAAAGAAAGAACUCAAAAAGUUGAAGAAACAGUCGAAGGGCUGA